AUAAAAAUGAGCGAAUUAGGUGUGAAAAUUAUCAAAGUCUUAAAUGCAGGAUCAGCGUAUAAUUAUUAUUUUAAAUCUUAAAAAGUAUUGUUUUAGCUUUUGCAGGUUUUUGGAUUGUCAUAAGUGAACUUAAAAAUGCCAAUUUUAAUAUUUUUGGAUUUUUGUAUCCACUUUUUUUUAUGUAAAUAUGGAUUUCUAAUAAUUAGAUUUUUUGGAUUUUUAUUGAUAUCAAAUGAAAUUAAAUGUGGGCAUAUUUUAAGUGAAUAUGGAUUCUUGAAAACAUUUUUGGGAAGAGGUUUAUAUUACAUUUUGUAAAUAUUUUAUAAUAUUUUAAUUUUAGUUUGUCUGGUUAAGUUUGUUAUGCUUAUUAUUAAAUAGCUCAUAAUCAUGUGUAUUAAAUAGAUUAAUUAGAUUAGAGCAGGUGACAUAUAUGGAACAGUAUUUUUCAUUUUAGGAGUCUUUUAUUUGUUAAUGAAUUUCUAUGUAAUUUAUGAAGAAAUAUUUUUCAUAGCCAAAGGGAUCAUUGGGGGAUAUUUCAAGAGUAUUUUACAUAUUCAUAAAAUUAGUCUUUAUAAAUCCAAUGAUGAACCUUUUGAUAUUUGAUAUAAAAUUAUUAAAAUAGUAUAAAUAAUUUAUGUCAUAACUUAAGAAUGAUAAAAAUAUCAUGAUGGAAUUAAAAACGAAAUCAGAAGUUAGUUUUGAAAUUUUAAAGUGAUUAUAUAUUUUUAUAGAUGUAGUUCUGUUGAAAUAAAACCAAAUGAUACACUAAAGUUUGGAGUUUUAUCAAAUUAAAAGAAGAUCAUGGCUAAAGUGGAUAUUUAUAAUAGAACUUUGUAAGAUGUAAUGUUUAGAGUGAAAACUACAUCUCCAAAUUUUUAUGUUAUUUCAUAUGAAAAAGAGAAGCCUAUAACUACGUAAUCAUCUUAAUCAAUAUUAAUAUAUAUGAAGUGUGAUGAAUCAAGAUUACAACAUAGAUUGAAAGAUAAGUUUUAGAUUGAAAUAGUUGAAAAAUAAAAGUAUGAUUCGGCAACAAAUGAAGAUUGCAAAUGGUAAAAAUUUGCAAGAAAACAUAUUCUUAAAGUUAGUUUAAUUAGAAACGAUAUCUAAUUUUCAAAUUAAUAGCAAAGGAGUCAAAUAUUAAACAGUAAUAUAAGAAGUCAUUCAUUGGGAUAAACUCCACAGCUUGUAUAAUCUAGAUUGACUUAAGGAUCUAAUUUAGCAAAUAUGAAUAAUAAUCAUAAUAAUUAGUAAUAAUUCUAAAGCCAAAACAGUUACAAUUCAAUUUAGAAUGAUGAAUAUACAAAUCUAAAUUUAAAGCUAAAAUCUUUAAAGUAGAAAUAUUAAGAAUAAGCUAAAUUAAUUGUAAAAAUAUUAAAAAUAUUAAAAAUAUUAGGAAUAAUAUAAAUAUGACAUAAAUGAACUUCAAAAUGAGAUUGAUAGAAAUGCAUUUAUUUAUGAUUUAGAAAAGAAAUAAGAAGGAAAAGAUUAACCAGAUUAAAUUAUUGCUUCUGCAUUAAGAGAUAAAACAGGAAUUCCAUUAUGGGAAUUAUUUGUUGCAGCAACAAUUGCACUUAUUUUAGGAGCAAUAUUAAAUAAAAAUUGA